AUGUUUAAAAGAGGUUCAAACAGAGCUACUUCGUCUUCUCAAGGGCAGCAACCAGAAAAUCCUCCCUCUCUGAAAUAUCAGUCGUCAAGUUCACGAUACUCUUUUCAUCGACAGUACAACACAGGUUUUGGAACUUCACCUUUUAGGAUAUCACCUAAGUAUAAACCAGAUAGCCGCACUCCCUUCAGUUUUGAUGGUACGGGAAAUGUUGGACCAGAGAGCUCUCUUAAUGAAGAAGAAUCAAAUGCAAGAUGGAGACCUUCUGAAAGUUCAUUUGACAAACGUAGAACUUUCCACGGCGCUAAAUACUCUCUGAGUAUCGGAAAGGAAGUCUCAAGUAUAGAUAAAAUCAAUUCACCGGAGAGCAGAUCCUUGAUAAUAGCAGGAAAAAGCCAUUUAGGUAUUUACACUUUCGAUGAAGAUUCUAAGACGAUAACUAAUGUACAUGAUUUCUUACAGACAGCGAAGACAAAUACUGGGAUCACGAAGAACACUUCAUCGACACUACGGAGAACAACAAAAAAAAUUUCAACCAUAUCUGAUGUUAAAGCUGGCUUUUACAAUCACAAAAACUAUGUAGCAAUUUGUGGUACUUCAACGUCUGUUGCGAUUUACGAUAUUAAUAAGACAUCAGCGAUAGACAAUCCAGUUGUAACAUCUCUCUCAGAACAUACAAGAUCUAUCAAUAGUGUGGAUUUCAAUAUGGUGCAGACAAGCUUAUUAAUUAGCGGUGGACAAGAUGGAUGCAUAAAGAUUUGGGAUUUGAGAUCUCCUAAAAUCUCCACCACUAGGAGUGAUGUAAGUAUCAACACCGGGUCUGAUUCCAUUAGAGACGUAAAAUGGAUGCCUUCUUACGAGUUUUCUAAUGAUACCAAUGGUCUUUCAAACAGACAUUUCAAAUUUGCCAGUGUGCAUGACUCUGGAUUAUUAUUGAAGUUUGAUUUGAGACAACCAAACCAAGCUGAAAAAAAGAUUAAUGCACAUUCUGGUCCCGCCUUAUGUUUGAAUUGGCAUCCGCAUCAGGACUACAUUAUUAGUGGUGGAAGAGACGGAAAAUGUUGCUUGUGGUAUGUAGGCGACAAAUCUAAUCAAGUUGGUAACAUUAGUAGUACCAACCUCAAUUCAAGUAAUCCAGCAACGCAUAAUUUAUCAUCAUCAUACCCCUUGGGGCUAUCCAACACCCUUGCAUUUCCUGAGCUCACAAUAAAUACCGCUCGUUCCAUGAAUAAACUUAAGUUUCGUCCAAAAUAUGAGACGAAUGUAUUCAAUUCAUUGAUUGGGACUUCAUCCAUGGGCGAAGAUUCGGAUGUAUCUGUUUAUUCGCUAGCAAGAAAAUAUAUUCCUAAAAACGUUAUUGCUUCCAGUGCACCUUCUGUUGGUUUUGUCUGGUGGGAUGACGACACGAUAUUCAAUAUAGACAAGCAAAAUACCGUUACUGGGUGGGAUAUCUCUCAUGAACCGACUGUACUUGAUAAUUUGCCGAAAAACACAAUAAAAUGGAGAGAUUUGGAUGGCGAUGGUAUUCUGUUUUUGGACCAAAAACCAGGUGGGUAUUUGUCUCAAGAAGAGACAGUUUUGACACCAGGUAGUGGAGAGAAUCGCAAGAUGCCUUUCACACACAGAAUGAGUAGUGCAACUGCUAACAGUUUUACUGGAGGAAAUAAUCCUAACAUUACAAGCAACACAAGUAGCAGUGCCGCAAGUUUCUCAAAAAACCCGACACUUGGCAUGUCUCAACUUCACCAGGGCAACGUAUUAGGUGAAAGGUCAACUAUGUCAAAGCAUGCACAAUCCGUUAACAGCAAAUUUUCGCCUUCGGUUAACAGCUCGCCGUGGACCAAUCCGUAUUCGUCCCCUCAUCAUAACUCAAUCGUGUCAGGAUCGGAAUCGGCAUUACAUGCGGUUAAUGAUUCCUUUCUACAAUCUCCAUAUUUGAUAGGAUUAGACUUUCCGCAUAUUUUGAACACAAUACGGAACACUAGGCUCGCAGAAUUUAACAGAAAGGUCGAAAGUGCAGCUUUAUUAGAAUUAAAGUCAUCUCCAACUGAAGUUUUCAAGUUUUUAGCACGGGAAUUGAAGUUUUCGUAUAAAUAUAACAGUAUUGAAACAAAAGACAACGGCCGAGAGCUUGAUUCAUCGAGCACACAUGGCUCAGUGGAUUCUAAAACGAAUUUGAUGGAAAAGUUGGGGUUAUCUGAAAAUAAUACUUGGACUCAUUUGAUCAAAUAUACGAAAUCUCACGACUCUGACGAAGUCAUAUCGAAAGGCACAGAGCUUAAAACACCAGUUUCUGACAAAAGUGCUAAUAUCGAAAAAUCAGCUACGAAUCAUAAAGCUGAAACCAAUCAGGAUGAGAACAGUUCCUGCAUCAACUCUUCAAACCAGGUAAAAACCAAAAACCUCAUCGAACUGAUAACUCUAUGUGAUAAGAACGCUGAAAUUUAUAUCAUGCUUGAGGACUUUUCAAACUACAAAAUUUGGCUUCUAAUGCGGGAUUCAUUAUUAUGGGACUUGAAAGUCCUAACCGAGUCAAUGGCUGUUGACGUGACAGCUGACCAAGAAGUCAACGAUCAAUCGUCCAUUGACCAACCUUGGAAAAAAAAUGACAGUUUUACUAGCUUGAAAGAGGCAAGGCAAGCAUCUGUUGCUAGUGGCUACAGUUCAUAUAGUGCUACGGAUCUGAGCUCCUCGGUAAAUACAAAUAAUAGACAUUCUUUCAACGAACCCACUCAUCUAACCCAAACUCCUCCAGUAUCACAUUUAAAGGCUCAACUUCAAGGUUCAAAAGAAACUACGACUAUAUCGAGGGCUGACUCGAUUCAAAAUUCGUUACAGAACGAUAUCAUCGAAAUUAGAAAGCUGCGUCAAUCUCAUGGAGAUAGAGCAGAACUAGCAAUUGAUGAAGAGGAAGAAGGAGAAGAAAGAGAGGAACUUACAAAAAGGGCGUUCGAAGAAGAUGAAAACAAUAAACAAUUCAUUAAUAUCCCAAGAAGGGAAUCAGGGCCUAGCGCUCUCAUGCCGAGUCCUUCUCAUGUUUCCUCACAAAGCGAAAUUCCUUCAAAUCCGGAAAACCAUCACCAGCCACGUCGGCCGCGGACAUCUUUUAUAGACUCCUUCAUGUCACAAUUACGUUCUCCAGGAUCGUCAAAUGUUGAUGCUGAUAGGGAAAGUACUGGUAGCAAAAAAUCUUCCAUGCCAAGCUUUAGCUCUUCGGCUGCCACAUUUUUGAAUAGCAAGAAAUCGCAAAACGCGAAUCAUAAUAAAUUGAAAAGCGCAACUGAAGUAUCAGAUAUAUUGGAAUCUGAAUUUGCUACUCAAAAAUCAUGGAACGGGAGCGUUGCAAAAACUACAACUCAAAUGUCUGGUAUUACUGCUCUUAUGAAUGAAACUAAAAAACUGGAAAAUACUAUUACCCCACCUUGGUCAUCAAGGCGAUUAAUUCAUCAAUUAUACGAACAGAGUGUUGCUUCAGGAAAUAUCCUACUAACGAUGGCAAUUUUGUUAUUAUUUCAAGAUAUGUUUCAACUUGUUGAUACAGAGACAGUUAAGAAUUCUAUAGCGGAAUUUACCGAAUUAUUGCACCGGUACGAGCUAUUUGAGAUUGCAGCGGAGUUGAUGAAAAACUGUCCUUACGAGGAUAUUUCUAGUUCAAGUGCUGGCUUUUCCUCCAUUCAGUUAUUCUGUGAUAAAUGCAAUAAACCUUUAGUUAACGAAUCUUCCAAGGAGAAAAUAAUCAAAGAAAGACUUGAAGGAAAUUCAAGUGCUAUGUCCAGGUUUGGAUACUGGUACUGCGAUUCAUGUUCUAAGCGCAAUACUCUCUGUUGCUUCUGCAAUAAACCAAUGAAGAGCUUGGCUAUUUCUAUGCUUAACUGUGGGCAUGAGGGUCACUUCGAGUGUUUGAAAAAAUGGUUUUUUGACGAAAACAUGGAUGUAUGCCCAUUGGGAUGCCCAGCAAUCUUAUUCUGA